GCCGCAGAAAUGUUUCAAAUUCCGGUUCACAACCUGGAGACCAUCCGGAAGGCCCGGAAAAGGGUGAAAGGCAUUCUCGUGGACAUCGGGCUUGCCAGCUGCAAGGAGUUACUGCAUGACUUUGAAAGUUGUGACCCAGGAGAGAAAUACUUCUGCAGCACAUCUUGGGGCGAUGUCUCCCCUUGGGAGGUCUCCGGAAAGAGGAAGCGCUACAGGACCAAGCCGUACUGCUGCGGUCUGUGCAAGUUCUCCACCAAGCUGCUGUCCUCGUUCAAGAGCCACCUGCACCGCUACCACGACGACGAGAUGGACCAGGAGCUGGUGGUCUCCUGUCCCCAGUGCGAAUUCGCCUCUCAGCCCCAGACGGUGGGGAAGCACGUCUGGAUGUUUCACACGCCGCCGCCGCCCCCGCCUCCGCCGCCGCCUCCGCCCCCGCCGCCCCCGCCUCCGCCCCCGCGCAAAGUCCAGAACUACGUCGUGAACUUCCUAGGGGAGGCCAAACAGCCCAGGAGCGACGUGAUCAACUUCACCUGCUUAAAGUGUCACUUUACCAACACCCUCUAUUACGGCAUGAAGCAACACGUGCUGGUCGCCCACUUCAACUACUUGAUCCACUCCUACUUCGGGCAGCGGCCCGACGGGGCGGAGCGGAGGGACGCGGGCGGGGCCCCGGGCCCGGCCCCCGACAGGUACUACUGCAAGAGGUGCAAGGCCCGGGCCGCCAGCACCGAGGCGCUCAUGUACCACAUCCUGACGGCCGAGAGCCACCGGGACCUGGACAGCAAGCUGCGGUCGCUCAUCGCGGAGCACGUGGCGAAGAAGGCCGGGCCCCCGAAGCCCAUGCAGAUCGCCCCCAAGCCCGUCGCCCCCAAGCCCGCCGCCUCGGCCGCGCCGCCCCGCCUCCGGCUGGCUCUGCCGCCCGACCCCCAGCGCCCGGCGGUGGGGCCGCCCCCCCCGGCCCCGAACCCCGUCCGGACGCUGGCCGUGGCCUCCGGCGCCCCCGGGGCGGUGCCGCACGCGCUCCCCGUGGGCGCCCAGUCGUCGCACGUGACUCUGCUGUCCGGCCCCCUGCCCGGGGGCCAGAGCAACCUCACCCUGCAGGCGUCGGUCCCCCAGCCGGUCUUCGUCUCCCACGGCCUCCCGCUGGUCCAGCCGGUGGGGCCGACGGUGCUGCCCUUCAACCGCCUGGCGGGGCCCGGCCGCCAGGCCGCCGGGCCGGGGGCCCUGCCCGGGGGCCGGGGCGCCCGGCCGGCCGGGCCGCCGCAGGUCGGCCGCUCGGUUGGCCCGCCCGCCCUCCCCGGAGCCCAGCCCGUCGCCACGGGGGUCCUCCAGACCGUCUUGCCUAAAGUCCUCUCCGCGGGCCAGAGUCUGCCGGCGGGUCGGUCCGGCCCGCCCAGGGUCCGGCCCGCGGGUCGGUCCGGCCCUCCCGGGGUCCGGCCGGCGGCUCAGUCCGUCCUCCCGGGGCCCCGGCCGGCGGCUCAGUCCGUCCUCCCGGGACCCCGGCCGGCGGCUCAGUCCGUCGUCCCGGGUCCCCGUCCGGCGGCUCAGUCCGUCCUCCCGGGACCCAGGCCGGCGGCUCAGUCCGUCCCCCCGGGGCCCCGGCCGGCGGCUCAGUCCGUCCCCCCGGGGGUCCGGCCGGCGGGUCAGACCGUCCCCCCGGGGCCCCGGUCGGCGGCUCAGUCCGUUCCCCCGGGGCCCCGUCCGGCGGCUCAGACCGUCCAACCCGGGUCCCGGGCGGUGGGUCAGAACGUGCCCCCCGGGGCCCUGCCGGUGGGGCAGAUGGUCUCUCCCGGGACCGUGCUGGUGGGCCAGACGGUCCUGCCGGUGGGGCAGGCGGUCCCGCCCGGGGCCCUGCUGGUGGGCCGGAGCGUCCCCGCCGGGGCCCUGCCGCUGGGGCAGAGCGUCCCCCCCGGGGCCCUGCUGGUGGGCCAGGGCGUCCCGUCCGGCCCCCUGCCCGUGGGCCAGACGGUCCCGCCCGGGACCCUGCUGGUGGGCCAGCCGGUCCCGCCGGGGGCCCUGCCCGUGGGCCAGACCCUGCGGCCCGGGACCCUGCUGGUGGGCCAGCCGGUGGUGUCCGGCGUCCUCCCGGCGGGCUCCCCGGUGCGGCCGGGGCUGCUGCGCCUCGCUCAGCCGGGCCCCCCGCCGGUCAGACCCGCGGUGUCCCCGGGCGCCGCCUUCCUCACGGCGGGCUCCAUCCUCAGGCAGCUGAUCCCGACGGGGAAGCAGGUCAACGGGAUCCCCACGUACACCCUGGCGCCGGUGUCCGUGUCGCUGCCCGGGCCGGCCGCGGGGGCCCCGCCGCCCCCGCCGCCCGGCGGCGGCGGCUCCCCCCCGAGCCCCCCGGUCGCGGCCAAGCCCCCUCCGGCCCCGGCGGCUCCGACGGCGGCGGCCCCGCCGGCGGCGGCGGCCCCGGACCCGGGCCAGGCCCUCAAGCAGGCCAAGCAGUGGAAGACCUGCCCCGUGUGCCACGAGCUGUUCCCGUCCAACGUCUACCAGGUGCACGUGGAGGUGGCUCACAAGCCGAGCGGGGCCAGGGCCGGGGAGCGCCUGGAGCCCGAGAAGCUGGCCGCCUGCGCCCCGUUCCUGCUCUGGAUGAUGGAGAAGACGGUCCGCUGCCUCUUCUGCAAGCGGUUCCUGGGCGAGAAGGAGCUGGCCAAGCACCUGCUGACCCACGGGCUGAGCUGCCUCUUCUGCCCGCGCUCCUUCCACAGCCUGCGGGGCCUGGCCGAGCACAGCCGGGCCUCCCACCGCGGGAAGGAGAAGGCCCACGUGGACUACGGCGACCGCGGCUUCCGGUUCGAGAGCGACGCCAGCGGGGACCUGCUCUUCCCCCACAUCGACUUCGUCACCACGCUGCCCCGCGAGGAGCUGGGCGAGCGGGAGGUGUACCUGGCGGUCCUGACGGGCAUCUACUCCCGGGCCCUGAUCCCCGUCUACAUCAAGGUCCGGCCCCAGGCGGCCGGCGCGCCCGGCGGCCCCGGCCGGCCCGCGCUCACCUGCCCCUUCUGCUUCGGGGCCUCGGGGACCCCCGAGGCCUACGAGGCGCACCUCAGGGAGCGCCACCACAUCACCCCCACCGUGCACACCAUCCUCAAGGCCCCGGCCUUCAAGUGCAUCCACUGCUGCGGGGUGUACACGGGCAACAUGACGCUCACCGCCAUCGCCGUCCACCUGCUGCGCUGCCGGAGCGCCCCCAGGGACGGGGGCCCGGCCGGCGCGGGGCCCGAGCCGCCCGUCUCCCCGGGCAAGAGGAAGGAGUCCGCUGUCCCCCCGGGGCCCGAGGGCCGGGAGCCCUCGCUCGUGGACCCCGACCCGGACCCGGGGAGCCCGGGCCCCUUCAAGAGGCUCAGGGGCGACGGGCGGGCCGAGGGCCCCCUCCUCCCCGACGACGCGCUCUGCGUCCUGGCGCUGGACCCCACGCGCUACGCCCACUGCUCGGCCGAACAGCGCAAGCAGUUCCUGGUGGACUACUUCCACCGGAGGCCCUACCCCAGCCGGCGGGAGCUGGAGCUGCUCUCCUCGCUGCUCUGGCUCUGGAAGGUCGACGUGGCCUCCUUCUUCGGGAAGAAGAGACGCGCGUGCCUGGAGGCCAUCCGCCGCCACACGCCCGCCGUGCUCCUGGGCUUCAACAUGGCCGAGCUGAAGAACGUGAAGCACAGCCUCAGCCUGAGGGACGACACGGGGGACUCGUAGGGAGCGGCCGGGGUGGGGCGGGGACGGCCCCCCGCGAGGAAGAGGAAAACCAAAGCGGGUGUCUACGGCCCGGCCCCGGGAGGGCCCGUCCGGCCGGGC